AUGUCUAUCCAAACCAGCGAUCCAAAUGAAACCGCCGACUCACUAAAGUCGCUUUCGCUAAUCGCAUCUCAUUCACAUAUUACAGGACUUGGCUUAGAUCCUCAACUACAACCUUUGCCUACGUCCCAGGGUAUGGUAGGUCAGUUAAAGGCUCGUCGUGCCGCAGGUAUCAUAUUGAAGAUGGUUCAGAAUGGUACCAUUGCUGGUAGGGCUGUCCUUGUUGCGGGGCCUCCAUCUACAGGGAAAACUGCGUUGGCUAUGGGGUUAUCUCAAUCUUUGGGGAAAGAUGUUCCAUUUACCGCGUUAGCUGGGUCUGAGAUUUUUAGUUUGGAGCUAAGUAAGACUGAAGCGUUGACUCAAGCUUUGAGAAAGUCCAUUGGUGUGAGAAUUAAGGAAGAGACUGAAUUGAUUGAAGGUGAAGUGGUAGAAAUUCAAAUUGAUAGGUCUAUUACUGGUGGUCAUAAACAAGGUAAGUUAACGAUCAAGACGACUGAUAUGGAGACCAUUUAUGAAUUAGGGAACAAGAUGAUUGAUGGGUUGACUAAGGAAAAAGUUCUUGCGGGGGACGUGAUUUCCAUUGAUAAAGCUAGCGGGAAGAUCACUAAGCUUGGGAGAUCAUUUGCUAGAUCAAGAGAUUAUGAUGCCAUGGGUGCGGAUACCAGAUUUGUUCAAUGCCCAGAAGGUGAAUUGCAGAAGAGGAAAACUGUUGUACAUACUGUUUCUCUUCAUGAAAUUGAUGUGAUAAAUUCUAGAACGCAGGGGUUCCUUGCGCUAUUCACUGGUGACACUGGUGAAAUUAGAUCAGAAGUGAGAGAUCAAAUUAAUACUAAAGUGGCAGAAUGGAAGGAGGAAGGUAAAGCAGAGAUCGUUCCUGGUGUUUUAUUUAUUGAUGAAGUCCAUAUGCUUGAUAUUGAAUGUUUUUCCUUUAUCAACAGAGCCAUUGAAGAUGAAUUUGCACCUAUCAUUAUAAUGGCUACUAAUAGAGGUAUUUCUCAAACUAGAGGUACCAAUUACAAGUCGCCUCAUGGGUUACCUCUUGAUUUAUUAGACAGAUCGAUUAUUAUUACAACAUCCAGUUAUAACGAAGAGGAGGUGAAGACUAUCUUAUCAAUUAGAGCACAGGAGGAAGAAGUAGAAUUGGCACCUGAUGCCUUGGAUUUACUAACCAAGACUGGGAUGGAAACCAGUCUACGUUAUAGUAGCAAUUUAAUCUCUGUAGCACAACAAAUUGCUCAAAAGAGGAAGAGUAAUGUAGUGGAGAUUGUUGACAUUAAGAGAGCCUACUUAUUAUUCUUAGAUAGUAAGAGGUCUGUGAAAUUUGUUCAAGAGAACGAAUCUCAAUACAUCGACGAUCAAGGUAACGUACAAAUAUCCACGGUAACUGCCAAAGAUGAAGAUGCCAUGGACACUACCGAAUAA